AUGAAGUGCUUGACCUGCCCAGCCGUGGCCUUCACGGCCGCCGGAGGGCUCGGCAUGAUCCUGUUGAUGCAGGGCUCAGUGCUCGCCAACGCGACACUGACGUUGACGAUACCAACUCAUCCGAAAUCCGAUCAGCACCCGGUAGCAAAGAUACCCAUCAACCCCAGCCCCAAGCACACGAAGCACAUGAAGAUAGGAGGCAGGAUCAAGGCCGUCAAAUGCAGCAGCAGCAGCAGCAGCAGCAGCAGAGGGCACAGUAGCAGAGGGCACAGCAGCCAAAACGGCCACCCACACACUCGGUUCAAAAAAAAUAAAAAUUAA